AUGGGAGGCUCCUUGUCUCGUAUGUGGUCCUUUCUCUGGACGAAGAAGGAGAUUCGCAUCCUCAUCCUCGGUCUGGAUAACGCCGGAAAAACAACACUUCUUUACAGACUCAAGAUUGGUGAAGUUGUUACCACGAUACCAACCAUUGGUUUCAACGUCGAAUCGGUGACGUAUCGCAACUUGAAUUUCAAUGUCUGGGAUCUCGGAGGUCAAACGUCCAUUCGACCUUACUGGCGCUGCUACUAUGCGAACACCGCUGCUGUCAUAUUCGUCAUUGAUUCCACAGAUAUUGAGCGACUCGGCACGGCUGCUGACGAACUAGCGGCUAUGCUGAAUGAGGAGGAACUUCGUGAUGCGGCGCUGUUGGUAUUUGCCAACAAGCAGGACCAGCCUGGCGCCAAAGGUGCCGGCGAAAUAUCAGAGGCUCUCAAGCUGGGAGAGCUAAGGGAUAGAAACUGGAGCAUCGUCGCAUGCUCUGCUAUCGACGGCAAAGGUCUUAACGAAGGCAUGGAUUGGCUGGUGCAAACUCUUCAGUCUGAAAACGCAUGA